UCGAUUCAACGAAACGGGAGAAUAAAGUUAUCACUUUUAUUUCCUACUAAUAAUUCUUGUUUGAUCUGAACUUGACUCUUUUACUCAUACUUGGGCACAAAAGAGAGAAGAACCUUAGUGAAGUGACUGAGAAUAUGAAGCUCGUCGAUAUGAUGACGGCAAAGCCUCGGGUGCAAAACAGUAGGUCGAUUUAAAUCCUUCCAGGAAGCGUGUGAUAGAUCAAUCGGUGGCAAAUCGGAAAAUGUUUCCGUUUCAGAUCGGAAAGGCACGUCUCAAGAACAAAAUUAGGGGAUACAAUUUUUCAGCGAGUUUACCGGAGGAAGGACGGUGGAGGCAGUGGAGCAGCAAUUGAUAAGUGCUCAUACAAGAAUCUCUCUCCAAAAUCUACGAACAAAUUAGUUUGGAUUAGACUCAAUCGUAUUUAAAUUUAUUCACAAUCAAAUAGAUUUGAUUUUUUUUAAGCUAUUUGAUUCGGAUCCUAAAAUAGGAACAUUGUUAUUUUAUCAACUCUGCAAUAGGGUUCAACACAACAAAACAAAGCACAAGCUCUCUUCAAUUUAGCUCUGCCAAUGAAACUCCACUUUGCAAAUCCAAUGGGUUCCGGUGAUCACUCGAGUGCAGUAGCAAUAGCAUACGUCAAUGCAGUAAGAGAUGUAUUUCAAGAUAAGAAAGAAAAUUUUGACGAAUUUUUAAAACUCGUAAGUGAUUUUGCGGCUAAAAGAAUUGAUGUGAGAGGUGUCAAAGCUAGGGUGAAUCAGUUGUUUAAAGGGCAUAAAGAUUUGAUUUUGGGAUUCAACAUAUUCAUGCCUACGGAAUAUGAAAUCUCACUUCCAUUGGAUGAUAAUGAUGAACAAGAAGGUUAUGGAUUAGCGUUUAUAAAUGCAAAAGCGCAUGGAUUAGUGUUUAAAGAUGCAAAAGCGUACAUCGAUGCAGUCAGAGUUGCGUUUGAAGAUAGGAGGGAAAAGUAUGCUGAAUUUUUAGAAGUCCUAAGUGAUUACAAAGCUGAAAGAAUUGAUAUACAAGGCGUCAAAGCAAGACUGGUGGAGUUGUUUAAAGGUCAUGAAGAUUUAAUUUUGGGAUUCAAUACCUUCUUUACAAAGGAAUAUGAAACCUCACUUCCAUUAGAUGAUGACGAACAAAAAGGUGAUGAAUUAGCGUUUAAAGAUGCAACAGCGUAUGUCGAUGCAGUUAAAGUCGUGUUUAAAGAUAAAAGCAAAGAGUAUAAUGAAUUUUUAAAAGUCGUGUCGGAUUACCGUGCCGAAAGAAUUGAUUUAAGAGGUGUGAAAGCAAGAGUGGAGUAUCUGUUUAAAGGCCAUAAAGAUUUAAUUUUGGGAUUCAACAUCUUCCUGCCAAAGGAAUAUCAAAUCACACUUCCAUUUGAGUUUGAGACUGGGGAAGAUGUGAAGAAUGUAGCAAAAAACUGUGAACUUCCUUGGGAUGUGCUUGAUAUCAUUUCCAAAAGAAUUGAUUUUGACGACCUUUUUCAAUUUGCUUGUGUGUGCAAGAAUUGGAGGGCAUUUCAUAAAAUUUAUUGGAGAAAUUUCUUGGCAUUCCAAGAACCAUUAAUUGUUCAAAAGUCUUCCCAUGUUAAGAAAUGUUUUUCCUUCAUCAGCAUACCUGACCAAAAAGUUUAUCACUCAAAGAAAAUCAAUUAUUUCUGGCACUUUGCCUAUUCUGGGUCUUCUAGUGGAUAUCUGAUCAUGACAGGGAAAAAUAAUUCAUUUUUGCUAAUGAAUCCAUUUACAAGAAGAAAGAUGGUAAUCAAUACCUCAGCCUUUAAAGUUAAUGUUUCUGAUUUUGCUUACCGUGUCUUACUUGCUUUUGGCAAAGACUCUGAGGAUUUUGUCUUAGUGGCUUUAUGUAAAAGUUCUGAAAGUUUACAUGUUUAUCAAUCUCGGAAUUUUGGUUGGGUUACUUAUACAACAAUGGAAAAUCCAUGGAAGGUUGUUGACUUUGUUGUUUUGCAUAAUACUAUAUAUGUUGUGACUGACAAGGCCAACAUAGGGGUACUCAGCUUGAAUUCUGCAAAUAUAAAAUUUUUAGAAUUGAAGAGUACUCCGAGGGUAACUUCUUCUUCACACCUAAGGUUGGUUAGUUGUGAUGAACAACUUUUAGUGAUUCAUAUUACGUCCGGGGCAGUAUUGAAUGUGUACAAGAUAGACUUUUCAACUAUGGAUUAUGUCAAGUUAGAAACUUUAGGUGACAUUGCAUUAUUUUAUACUUCGGGAGAAAACUACUGUGCAUUGAGCAACCCAAGCAGGUGGGGUUAUGAAAGCAACUCUUUGUAUGCGAUCAAUCUUUCAUCUACAAAAUGCAGUGUGUAUCUAGGGGAUGACAACAAGCUACCAAAAUGCAUUAGACCCGAUAGACUUCAAAAUCCUCCUAGAACAGGACCCUACUUGUUGGAUUGGUGUUUUAGACAUCUACACUAUGAGGUAGAUUAUUCUCUAGUUGAGUAACUUGAAAGGUACUAUGAGGUACUAGAUUAUUUUCUAGCAGAUUAUUCACUAUCAAGUACACUUGAGUAGUUUGUAUGUUGCAAAUUGUUUACGACAUAUUUUAUAUUGUUUCCUUUAACUAUGCUUAAUUUAUACUUUAUUUUUUA